AUGAAAUCGGGCCAUCGCCAAACUACUGUCACUAGUACCACUACAACCCAAGUUAGCACAACUGCUCCAUCCACAAUCAUGGGAGGCCCAGUACCCCGCGAUUACAUCAAGCUUCCAUACGCUCCUCUAGCCGCUGCUCUUGAGAACAUGUCGUUGGGUUCGAGCACGGCUACGUCUUCUCAGGUUAUGCCAGCUACCAACGUUCAACCCCAACUGACUGGCUCUCGAACUGUGCAUGAUCGCCAUCGUCCUUCCUGGACAGUCGUAGGUUCUUCGAAGAUUCGUGCCCGCCCCGGCAACACAGAUAGCCCUAGUGUGACGAACGUUGCUCGGCAUGACAAUUCCGACAAUAUGUCUGUGUCGUCGGUCAGCAAUAUAUACGAGAACGCACAAAGUAGCGUGGGUAGUGCCUGGGUUCCUGUCGAUGUACGCCGUCGUGAACAGCAGCAGGCUGUCGCAUUUACUGGCUGGGACAAUCGAGGUAAUGCCCAUCCGCAGCAACGCUAUCUAUCCAGUUCCGAGCAAACACCAUCAGGUUCUACGAUGCCGUCUGCUGCCUCGCCCGUUCCUGCUGCUACUCGACCUGCUCGACCUGCUCCGGCUCCCGCUCAUGCCUCUCCAGCAACUCCUCGAGGAAAUGUAGCUCAGACCGCUGCUCAGGCAUCAGGCUAUCCAGAUCUUGAUGGUCUUGACUGGGGCCCUGUUGCACCAAUCACGGAGUCCCGCACGGGCUGGAAUAAAGCCAUCGGCAAGAAAAUCAACAUCGUCUACGAUGCUGUCCAACUUCGUAAGGAUCAAGCAAAGUCAAAUCCGAAGCCUUCUCCCGGCAACGACGACGAUGGAGAGGAUGGUCUGUUUGAUAUGUAA